GCAAAAAACAAAUACACACAGUAAUAGUCCACGACAUUUCAAUCUUCUUCUCCAUUCCAUUCCAUCAAUAAAAGUAAAGAGAAUUUGGAUUGGGGGGUGGGGGAUCCCCGAUGCGAGCAAUUAAAGUAGUGGAGCGGCGAGCCCCUCCCUUCCUCAAACGACGAUAAAGCAAAAGCCGCUCUGUCUCUUUCUGCCGCCUUGUCGGCAUAAGCUUUAGCUGCCAUUCCUCACCUCCGCUCACUCUCCAUCCCCUAUAUGCUCACUCCUCCUCCACGCUUCCCUACCAUCUAAGCUAUUGGCCCUUGCAGCUCCGUUAAAUCCCAUUUAUCACCCCAGCUGGUUCUUUUCUGCAGAAAUACUGGACGGGGAAUCGAGGCUUUGUUCUUUGAUCCGUAUACUAGACUAGAUUACACCGCAGCCGAGACGUGUUCUUUUCAUGAUAUUUAAUUGUAAAAAAUGCAAAGGGGUCCAGAAUCAAAACUACUUUCAAGACAAUUGCCAUCAGAGGCUAAAUUGAUGAACAUGUUACCAAUUCCUGAAUCUAAACCGCUUCCAAGACAGUUACCAUUAGAGGCUAAGGUGGUUCCUCUUCCCACUCAGUUACCUACCGAGGCCAAAGUGACCACACCCAACUUGCGGGGGUUUCAAGAUCUUCACUUAAGCGGACCUCUACAAACAUGGAAAGGGGUUGUUUAUUGUCAAGAAGAAGAAGAUGAUGAUGAUGUUACCCUGGAUGUUGGUUCAUCAUUCAAGAGCAGUGCCGAUUCAUAUGAGGAUAGCAAUUCUUCAUCCUUCCGUGGGGCCACCCACCCAGCUGAACCCGUUGACACAAACCUGAUGAGACCAGUAUAUGUACCGAUUAGCCAGAGCCCAUCUAGUAAAGACAAAUUCUUUAAUGUAAAACGAGGCCAAUCUCUUCUUGAAGAACCCAACGAUCAGGCAAGAGUCUCUUCUCUUUUCGCUGUCCCGAGACCAUCACAAAACACAGAAGCCAGCCUGGCACAAGAUUCUGAAGACAGAGAAUGUGUUUGGGAUGCUUCUCUCCCUCCAAGUGGGAACGUGAGCCCACUCAGUAGCUGCACUAUGAGCAUUGUUAAUAGUUGCACAAGCACAUAUAAGAGUGACGGGAUGAUGAGCGAUGGCAUGCUGAGUAUAGACAGAAACUUUGAUUCACUUGAGAGUGUGCAAACAAGCAUUAGCAGGGCGAGUAAUAGCAGUGAUCUAAGUGAUGAAAGUAACUGGAGCAAUGUCACCGGAACAGCCAACAAGCCUCACAAAGGGAACGAUCCGAGAUGGAAUGCUAUUCUUGCCGUUAGGGCACGAGAUGGUAUGUUGGGGAUGAAUCACUUUAAGUUACAUAGGAGGCUGGGGUGUGGGGACAUCGGGAGCGUUUAUCUUUCCGAGCUGUGUGGGACCUUCUGUUCUUUCGCUAUGAAGGUGAUGGAUAAGGCGUCACUUGCGAGCAGGAAGAAGUUGAGCCGUGCUCAGACAGAGAGGGAGAUACUGCAACUGUUGGAUCACCCGUUCUUGCCAACUUUGUACACUCACUUUGAAACGGACCGGUUUUAUUGUUUGGUGAUGGAAUAUUGUCCUGGGGGAGAUCUUCAUACUUUGCGGCAACGCCAACCUGGAAAACAUUUCUCUGAGUAUGCUGCCAGAUUUUAUGCAGCAGAGGUUUUAUUGGCACUUGAGUACCUUCACAUGCUGGGAGUUGUGUACAGAGACUUGAAACCAGAGAACGUUUUGGUCCGAGAAGAUGGCCACAUCAUGCUUUCAGAUUUUGAUCUUUCCCUAAGAUGUGCCGUUUCACCAACACUCGUAAAAACCUAUUCUGAUCCAUCCAAGCAAGGGUCUUCGUUCUGUGUUCAGCCUUCCUGUAUUGAACCCACUUCUGUCUGCAUUCAACCUGCAUGCUUCCUCCCGCGGAUCUUUCCUCAGAAAAGCAAGAGACGGUCCCACAAACCCCGAUCUGAUUUCGGGCUACCGUGCAGCAAGGCACUACCUGAGCUAGUCGCGGAACCCACUUCAGUGAGGUCAAUGUCAUUCGUUGGGACCCACGAGUAUUUAGCUCCCGAAAUCAUUAAGGGAGAAGGCCACGGAAGUGCAGUCGAUUGGUGGACGUUUGGAAUAUUCUUGCAUGAGUUACUUUACGGGAAAACCCCAUUUAAAGGUUCAGGGAAUCGGGCAACUCUUUUCAAUGUGGUCGGGCAGCAGCUGAAAUUUCCAGAUGCACCCGCAACCAGUUAUGCUGCUCGUGAUCUGAUCCGUGGGUUACUGGUUAAAGAGCCGCAGAAUCGGCUAGGGGUUAAGAGAGGGGCAACAGAGAUAAAGCAACAUCCUUUCUUUGAAGGGGUUAACUGGGCUUUGAUCCGUUGUAGCACACCGCCCGAGAUACCUAAACCUGUCGAAGCUGAGCUGCCCUUGUUGAAAGUAGGGCAACAAAUUGAUCUCGUUGGCAUUGGGAAUAGCGGUAAAGGGAUAGUAGGAGGAGGAGGUGGUGGUGGAGACAUGAAGCCUGAUGGUAAAUUUCUUGAUUUCGAGUUCUUUUAGUACAGGAUUGGUUUUUUGUUACCACGUAUCUGUAUGGGUUCCCCUAGUCCUGCUAUUAGAGCAAAUUUCAUGACUUUGACUCAUUGGUUCCUUGUUCAGCUGUUUGGAUAUGAGUAAGCUCCUUUUUUGUGAUGAGUUGAGGACAUAAUUAAGCUGAUGAAGAAAUAUAUGCUGAUCAAUGUUAUAAUUAGGCAAGCUAUAUUAAUACAACCUGUAUUAAUAAUGCUGAGGUAAUGCUUUGUGUAAAUUAAAAAGACGUGUAUUUAAGUCCUUAACUUCAAAGUAUCUAAAAAUGCUGAGGUAAUGCUUUGUGUAGAUGGUCUUCUAGACACCAUGUUCACAUUUCACUUUUUUUUUUGUUCUUAGACAUACAAAGUAUACGUUCAUUGCACGGGCAUGUUUGUGUGGUGAAAGUGGUGGAAUGCACUGUGUGACAUAAAGUAUUCUUAAGGAGAAGUGGCAUUUUUAAUCCCUCUGUUUCUGCUCAUAAUUUAGUGUAGUU